GAAUGGCAGCGUCAGCGGCAGGCUCGGCUGCUUCUUCCUCCUCCACUCCUGACACUGUGCGCUGGUUUCCUUUGAGAAGCACCCCAGAAGCCAGAGGCCAUUGUCACAUCUGUGGGAUGGCCCCGAGACCUGCCAUGUGCCUAUGGAAAUGGUGAGUGCGAUUUCUGAGGCUGUGAGCGGUGGCUGAUGAGAGAAGCUGAAGAGAGGAGCCUCCGAAUUGAGCUGAGUGUGUGGGAAGGUACAUGCAGUGUCCAUCUCUUCUGGAGCGUUGUCCUUCCUGCUGCUGACUGUUUCAGUCAGUGCACUCUGGUAAGGCACUGAAGCUUGAGAAAUGGACCUUGGAGGGGGUGGGCUGGGAGGUGUGUGUCCGACACGAGUUUUUGCCCUGCUGUGCUUUUACAGUAGAAUAUAAGUUCUGCAUGUGAAGUAUUUCAGUAAUAGCUUGUUUCUGUUGUUACUGACAUUCUGUAUGGCCACGGCUUGAUGAGAAACCAUGGAAAAAGGCAUCAUCUCCCAAGCUGAAGAGCCUGUUAUAUGCUAUUGCUCAUGGCAUAUAAUGUGUAACAGGGCUAAGGGUUGUAGAGAGCUCUCCCAGCAUGACUGUUCUUUUCAGUGAGGCUGCGGGCCGAAGGCUGAGAGAAAUAAGCACCUGCCUUGAAUUUUCAUACAGACUUUUUCCCUGGAGGGCUGCCAGAACCAAUCGGAGCGAUUUCCUUUGGCCAACCAAAGCCUUGGAGUUCAGUAAUGGCUGUGGAAGAUUUGUUUCUGUGUAUGCGAUUUGACAUGUCGGCACAUCCUCACUUCUCAACAUGGCUUUUUACCUUUUGCUUUACAGAUAUGGAAUGAAAGGGCAUUUGAUUGCAAAUGGAUCAAGAGCAGAGACCUUCAUCCUGUGCCUGCUUGGCUUCCUGACCUCUUGUGGUAGCUGCAGGCACGAAGCACUAAGAGGAGCACAGGAUCAGAUCCUGGGGUGUUUGGGGUUUGUUAUUAUCUGAUGCUGGUAAGUCAGUGUAUGCUACAUAGGAAGCUGCAGUUGAACUGCACAAAUUCAUCUUCUGACUGGCUGGCAAACAGCUGAUUUUAUAAGUCAGGGAUCUGGAAUUCCUUCAGAUUCUCCAGUGACGUUCCGACGGAUACGAUGCCCUUACAUUAUUGGUACACAGCUCCAGGUUUUUAUUGCAUGUUCUGAUCUGCCUUUUGCACAGAGUAAGAGCUCUGUGUUUUAACAUCAUCAAGGUAAUCUGUCUGUACGUUUGCUAAGGUCUCUCUCAGGUUGUUUGUGUUCAGUUAUGAAGAAUAGGUGUAAGGAUUUUGUUAUCUGGGGUAUCUGUACAACUUCUUUCUGAGAAUCCAGUCUGAAAUGUGCUGCAGUCUUUUGAUAUGUUUACUGUCUUCUGUACAUUUUCUUGCCAAACUGUGAUCUGGACGAAAGUUGCUGAGAAGUCAUAGAGAUGAUCUUAAAACAGACUAGGAAACAGACUUUGUUUCCAGUGAAACAAUUAGUAAUCUAAAAAAAGCCUUAUUAAAGAAAGGGAAGGCACCAGUAUCUUAAGCACAAUCAUUUCAAAGCUGAUAGCUUUGAUGUGACUCCGUUUUGGAUAAAUAAAGAGAAGUGCGUGGUCUGAAAUAACUGAAACAGAGCUCAGCAGAAAGCAUCCGCAUGCUUGUCAAAGGAAAUUUGAGUUGGCUGUCUUGUCUCCUGCACAUUUAAAGGUUUAACAGGCUUGCCACGUGACUUCCUGGCUCUCGUAUGCUUUAGUAUCUUAUUUGGAGGUUGAUGCUGCUCCUGUUUUCUUCCUUUUACAAGCCCUCUGUGAUAACACCAGCCCCGUUGGUUUAGCAUUCCAGCAGCCCGAUCUGCAUGCAGAAAUUAUGAUAGAACAGGUCCAAAUCUGUAAAUGCAGUAUUGCUCUUAUCUUGGCUUUUGUAUCAUAAAUCAAUUCUUCCUGGUGAAGGGAGGCUUAUCUUUCUGCUGGACUCAUUUUCUCUGAGCCUGAGUUCUCUGUGUUACUGUUGUCUUUCACUGAACUUAGGCAGAAUUUUAAUUUGAGGAAGCUACUGAAUUUAACUUUUUUUUUUUUUAAAUGAGCGUAUUUAUAGGAGAAUUCAGGAUCUCUCCUGAAGUGCACGUAUUGUGCAUUUAUAUGAUGUGAUAAAUCUUAAGCCCUGGCUUGAGCCCUUUUUGCUCAUCUGCGUACAGAUGCACGAUUUCAGGCCAGCCACUGUUUUCUGUAAGACUCUGUUAUUAAACUGUAUUUGCAUGCUGUGGCUGUGAAGUUCAAGGUCCUGGCAACAGAUUGCAUUGAGGACCAGAUCAGAAGACCUGGAAAAUGGGGCCUUGUCAACUCCCUUGACUGCUUCUUAAAACGAGUCCUGGCAGAUGGCUGCUCAGAGCUGUAUUCUCUGCUUUAUUGGUGUGCAGAUAAAAGGCUGGUGAUGUUUCUUACUGGUGCUUAAAAACAAACACUCCAAAGCCCAUGCAAAGAUCACCACCUCCAACCACAAAGCUACCAGAGGAACUGUAGAGCAUAACAGCUUCUAUAGCUACUGCUAUUGGAGCACUUUGAUCUGAAGGGCCUGCAAAGGUCAGUGUGCUUUCCAUGGGUGUUUGUUUUAUUGCUUUGUUUUAUCCUUAAGUGGACAUUUGAUUCCUUUCAAUUUGAGAAAAUAGAGUGAAGAGCCUCUGUAUUCUUAUCCCACUUGAGACUCUCGUCUGUGUAAGCCAGCAUUUCUUUGUGCAUGGCAAAAGGGAAGUACUUUGUCAUGCUGGCUUCUGAAAACGUGGCUUGGCAAUUACUGUGCCAGCAGUCUUGUGCUGCCUGUGCCGCAGCUCUGCGGAGAGGUGGCACAUAUGGUGAUGGCGAAGGGAAAUGCCUUGAUUUUCAUUCUUUGUUCGUUACUGCAUAUAUAACAGCGUUCAAGAAAAUGGCUUCAUGUCAUCUGAACAGUUCUUCUGCUCCUUUCCUUUUCCAGACAAUCGCUCAAUCUGUCAGGCCUCCCCUGCCUCAUUUCCAACCUUCCCCUCAGCGAGCAGCUUUCUACCUCAGAGUCUUUAUUUCCUGAAAACUCCUCAGGUGUGGCAUUCCAAAUCUGCAAACUCUGAUGUUCUUGAGCAACUCCAUCCUGUAGAGGACUGAAGGGGGAGCUUUUCUUCACACCUUGCUGUGUAUGAAAUCUACACUUGAACUGCACUCGAGACAGGCAGAAAUGUAGCUGAGCAGAGCCUCCAACAGCUCAGCCCUUUCCUUCAAACGAUGAAGAUGGCUUCAGUAUUCGUAAGUCAGAAAUCUCGUGUCAAGACUUAAUUUUGGUAUGGACACACCUCGCUGUGGAAGAUGUGGCAGGUGUGGUCUUUGAGUCACCACAGGUGUGGGACAUGUGAAGUAAUCUGGACGUGUUUCAGUUUCUGUUUUUCCCCGUUUCUCUGAUCAUUUCUCUGUAUUGCUGCAUCUGGCAGGGAUUGCUGUCCUGGCCCAGAGCUCUGUUCCCUCAUGGGCUGCACUCGUUUUGCUAUCCCACCAUUUGGGUUGCACAGGCCAUCCACAUCCAGUGUUCCCAUCCUCCUGGGCCUCCACACACGUGGCAGUUAGCAAGAAAGAGCAAAGUUGUUCAACCUUGUCCUAAAGUUAUCAAUCUGUUCAUCCAACCUGUGCCUUGGUCACAGUGGCAACGUGCUGUUAGCAAUGCCAUCACUGCACUCAGGUCACAAGCUCUGACAGCAGGCACUGGGGAUAAUUUCAGGUGAGGCCGUUCUUCACAUCCAGGCACACAGAUGGUAUCUUUUUCCAAAUGGACCGUGCUGGUAGGCGGGUAAAUCCAGUCGUGCAGGAUCUGCGAAAUAAAAUUAUGUACUACGUACAUAGUUCUCCAGAGCGGUGGUGAUCUGAGGUGGAUCUCCUUUUCUCACAACCGUUUUUAAAACUGGCGGUGUCAAGAACUGUGCUGUUCUGUCAUGGGGUUGAAUUAAAUCUUGGGUUUAAUUAAAUCCUGUUCACUGCUGUUGAACGGAAUUUGAUUCAUCCUUGAUAAUCUGCAUCCAUUACACCUCUCGUGACAUGAGUUUUCUGCCUCCAAAACCCAAGGGAACCUUUUCCUUUCCCUGUUUUUGCCAGAAGCUCCAGUUGGCACGUGCCCCAUUUGCAGACACGUUUAACUCUGUUUCUGCUUUUUGCAUGGCCCCUAAGUCUGAGGCCCUUUGAAGAGCCUUUGUUGCUAAUUCAAAGGCAACCUGCAUUUCGUUUCCCCCUCCAACUCUUCCUUGUCACUUUGUAUAUAAACGGGGUUAAAAUUUGUCCUAGGUAUGGAACGUGCUGUCUCCAUAAAACCAAACAGCCCAAUACACUGCUGUGCCUCAUUCUUAUUACAGGGUACUGCCAAGUCUGAAAUGUUGUGUUGAGUUUUGGGUAGUAUUCCCCAAUGCCCAAAAUGCCUCUGAAUUCCUAAAAAUGUCAUUGUUUGAAUUUCAGUAGGAUGAAUUUCCCAGCCUUUCUGUUUCAUCUGAUCCACAACCAAUUCCAGCGUUUGUUGCACCUCUUCCUCGGUUUCCCUGAGUCAGGACGUCAUCUACGUAAUGAACUGUUUGCACGUGAGGAGGCAGUUUGGUGUCAUGCAGAUGUUCAGCCACAGUUCUGUGGCAGAUGGUUGGGCUGUGCAGCCGUCCCUGAGGCAAUCUGCAGGCAGGAUCUUGUCACCUCUGCCACGGGAAGGCGUUCCUCUGCAAUCGGGAUUGUGAAGAAGCUAGCAUUAGCUAAAUCAAUUGCAGCAUGCUCUGCUCUGGAAUGGUUCUGAGCUUUUUCUGUUAAAGCAACACUACCUGCUGCAGCCGCUGUGAGAGGCGGGGUGAGCUUGUUUAAUUCCUCCCACAACCCACCGCUUUUUGACAGGCCAUAUUGGAUUGUUCCGAGCUGUAGUAGUUGACUUCAAAACUCCGGCACCCAAUAAAUCAUUAAUUGUCCUUGAUAUCUCUUCAUGCUCCCUCCCCCCUCCCCAGGUCCUGUACUGUUUCACUGUCACUACUUCAGUUGCAGCAGGCAUUGUUACUUUUCCCACUGAAAUUGUUGGAGCACGAAUGCAAUUCCUUAUUCCAAACUGGGGCUGAGCACUGGGGAGAUUCAGUGUUAGUCAUUUUAGAAUGCCCAUCCCUGCGAUGUAUUCUGGGGCGGGGACAGUCAUCACAGGAUGCAGCCGUUGUGGGAGGUUUCCUAUUCUCAUUUCUAUUUGUGUUUGUACAGCUUCAGUUUGUUUCCCUCCCAACCCUAUAAUAACUACCAGUUGUCCUUCACGUUUCUUGGGGUUCCCAUAUGUUAAGGAGGUCUCUGCUCCGGGGUCAUUUAAGGCUCUUACAGUUUGCGAGGACCCGUUUUUCCAAAAUAUUUGGAGCUGCACGAGGGGUUGUUGGUCCUGCACCCGUUGCAUUGGAGCUUGGCCAUCAUUUCAUUCUUGUCUUUACGUGGAGCUGCUUCCCUAACCUCCUUCCAAGGAUACAAACUGGAACAUGGUUCCCAAUCCUUCUCCCCCAGAGCAGCUGAUCCUCCCGCAUUGGGCCCUGUGAGCAGAUGAGAGUCCCACUGAGCCUCUCAAGGGAGUGCAGUAGCUGGAAUUGUUCCUGGGUCUUUUGCUUUAGAAUGUGGCACUUUCUUGCUACGUUUCUUAACCCUUCUGUUUAUGUAUCCUCUGUAAUUCAGGAAUUGGAAAACCAUCCGUCUUAUUGUGAGGCAUCCUGUCUUGUAAUAAAGCUGUAAACACUUAUUUUCAAGGAAUCCUGUUUUCACUGCCUUUCUGCUCUUCCCUCUUGUCCGUUCUCUCCUGCCAUCUCCUGUUUUCCCCUGCCCCAUUAGCUCUGCUCCUCUUACCUGUGUUCUUUCUUCUCUUCUGCCCUCUCUGUCCUCCCCUCUCAUUCAUCACACUUCUGUUCUCCUGGUUUACAAUUUCCCUUCAACUUGGUGGUGGGCUGCCAGGGGAUUCUGUUGGCAGCCUGGAGCAGGGACAGCACAGGGAUAGGGAAGGGAAGGAAACAGGAGAGGGAGAGGGUUGGGAUAGGGAAACGUGUAGGGAUAGGGGCUGGACGAGUGAUAGGGACAGGGGCAGGAGAGGGAAAAGAGAGGGACGGGCAGUGAUAGGAGGAUAAAGAAAAGGGUGAGAGUAGGUGUGGAGGUAGUGGUAGGGUCAGGGUAGGGACAGGAACACAGGCAAGGUGAGGUGGAGGAUCAGGGACAAGACAAGAACAGAAAUGGGCUGAACGGAAUGGGGGCAGAACAGGGCCUGGUCAGGGCUACAUCAGAGGCAGGAGAGGAACUCGAAAAGCGCAGGACUGGAGACAGGCACUGCUGGGACUGCUGACACUUUGUGGUGGUGAGGAUGGAGGGAUGCCUGCUGCAUUUCCUGGCUUGUGAGAAGUAGAAGAUCGUGGGGAUUUCUCUCUUUUUAUUUAUUUUCUCCAAAUAGCUUAUUCAUUGCAUUGAAUAGUGACUUAGCAAAAUUAAUGUAAAUGUUCAACUUGUUAACUUGUUCUCUGUGAGUGUGGAGUAUGGACAGACUUGCUGUGCUUUGUGUGCAUGUUGCCUGUAGAUCUGGAGGUGGGGAAGCUGCUCCACUGACUGCAGAAGGAGCUCUAGCUGCAUUGUGCCUGGUUACAGGUCAGCAUUGUAGUUAUGGUCUGUCUCACUUGACUAGUUAAUUGUAACACAUUGGCAAAGCUCUGCUGGGCUUAAUGGUGACACAUGGGCACAGCUCUGCUGGGUUUAAUGGUGGCACAUUGGCACAGCUCUGCUGGGUUUGUUGGUGGCACAUAGCACAGCUCUGCUGGCUUUAAUGGCGACACAUUGGCACAGCUCUGUUAGGCUUGGUGGUUGCACAUUGGCUGACCUCUGCUGGGCUUGAUGGUGGCACACUGGCACAGCUCUGCUGGGCUUAUUGGUGUCACUUUGGCUCAGCUCUGCUGGGCUUAAUGGCGGCACAUGGCACAGCUCUGCUUGGUUUAAUGGUGGCACAUUGGCACAGCUCUGCUUGGUUUAAUGGUGGCACAUUGGCACAGCUCUGCUACUUUUAACGGGGGCAACACUGGCACAGCUGUGCUGGCUUUGAUGGUGGCACAUUGCACAGCUCUGCUCGGUAUAUUAGUGACACAUUGGCACAACUCUGCUGGGUUAGUGGUGACAUAUUGGCAAAGCACCGCCGGGAUUAAUGGAGGCACAUUGCACAGCUCUGCUGCAGGGUUUCUUAGUGACACGUUGCCCCAGUUCUGCAGGGUAAAAUGGGGCCACACUGGCACAGCUCUGCUGGUGACACUAUGCCUGGCUCUGAAGGUUGUGUCCAUGCCUUUCGAUCCAGCGACAAUUCGUUGCAGUGUGGUUCUCCAUGACUGGAGACCAGGAAACCCAGGAAACCCAGAAGAGAUGGGCCAGUGUGUCUCCAUGAAACCCAGCAUAUGUUUGCAGUGUUUCACCAUUCAACCCAUCAGAGCUGUGCAAGGUGUCACUAUGGAACAGAGCAGAGCUGUCAGUUGUGUUACCAUUAAGAACAACAAAGCUGUGCCGGAUUAAACCCAGCAGAGCUGUGCCAAAGUCUCACCAUUCAACCCAGAGAGCUGUGCUAAUGUGCCACCAUUAAAGCAUGCAGGGUUGUUCCAGUGUUCCCCCAUUAAGCCCAGCAGAGCUGUGCUAAUGCUCCCCCAUUAAAAAAACAUAACCUUUUCCACUGUGCCACCUUGAAGGCAUAAGAGAUGAGGCAUAUGGUGACGCAGAGCCAGGCGUAGUGCAAUCUUCGUAUUUUUACACGAGGCGAAGUCCGAACAUCUGCGUUUCUACGUGUGCAGAAGAGCAUGCAACUCGGAGAAAAGCAGCCGACUGCAGUCGCCCUUUCCCGGCAACCGAGAAGCCCGAGGCUGCUGCUGGAGGCUGCAAGCGGCAUUUGGGGAGAAUAGCGAAUUCUCGGAGGCGAGUGCAAACGCUCCGCAGCGGUUCUCGCUGUUGCCACUUUCGAACCGGGAGAGUGAAGUAGUGCCAUUCCGAUGCCAAGAACGUGCAAAUUCUGCCUGCCGCGAUCCUCUCGACGGGGUUUGUAUGUCCGCACUUCAGGAAGGAUCCCUACAGUCUUCUUCGAAUGCGCUCCCAAACAGCACAGCAUCUGUCACUGCUUGCAUUUCCCGGUUCCUCUUCAGAGAGGCUUAUACUUUUGACUCUUGUCGUCAAAGAAUGCAGACCUGGAGCCACGGAGAAGCACACUACCACGAAAAAAUGUACUUCAGGGAGCUCCCGACCCCCCUGCUGACCGACCAGCUGUACGACAAGUUCUCGCGGGAAUAGCCGAGCGUACUUGGAGAUGAACGCCCACUUCGAGGAGCUGAGCUGCUCAACCUGGCUAUAAAGCGGCCCGGUGUCUGGACUCCUUGGCCUCGGUGGCACCAGCUGCCCUCAGCCUGCAGAGCUCAGCCCUGCUGCACUUCAGAGGGCAAUGGUGCAAUUCCAGGCUUUGUCUCACGCGAGCAACGGGAUGCCUGGGGCACCUGAUGAGACACUUGGCCUGUCUGGCUGCGAACAGUUCUGUCACCAACAUGCAUGCUUAGAACUUAGCCAUUGUGUGGGCUCCAAACCUCUUAAGAUCACAGCAGAGCGAGUCUGCCUGCGCCAGUGGGAGAGCUGCCUGCACAGAACUGCAGACGCAGUCGGCAGUGGUGGAAUUCAUCAUUGACCACACAGACGUCCUCUUCUGCUCCACAUCUGGACCUGACAUCGCAGCUGGAGCAGAUGAGUGUCUUCCUCCAUUAGCUUCAUCUUGAUCAGACACCUGGAUCAAAUGCAGGCCUUCUCCAAGUCCUUUGAAAUACACUUUUACUGCCAAGGGGACAGCAGACUUCUGGGCUUAGGUUAGAAUCUGGCACCCUGUUGCUGGAUGCUGAGAAUGUGCAAGCCCAAACGUGACAAGAAGAAAACCGUCACCGUCAUUAUGAUGUUUUGCAAGCAGGUGAAGCUUGGUGAAAGUGUGGCAGCGGAGCUUUCUGAGUUCACUGUACCUGCUUUCUAGAGUUUUUGUUUGCCUGUUUCGAUACAGGGAGCUGCUCUUAAUUAUGACUGUGUCCUUUGCCACAAACACACCUCUGAGCACAUGGUUGUUUUGAGCUGCUCUUCUUCCAGCGGCUCGGAUAAGCAAAUCUGAGAGAAACACAGCACCUCCCGGACCUGUGAUGGCUGUGCUGCUGCUUUCUGAUCCUGGCUCUCACCUGUGGUUUUCCCUUACAGGGCACAGUUCUCUCUCAGGGCCCAAGUCUGUGUGGGCCUCUUCUCCUGCCACAGAGCUGCUCAGCCUGGAGGAGGUGCAGGCACAGAGGCGAGGCCACAGCAGCUCUCCUGUCAUUGUGACAGAGAGCAGGGACGUGGAAGUGGAAGAAAGCCCCACAGCUUUACCGGGCAAAUUCCACACAGUCAUUGACUUUCCACCUGAAAGUCCACCAGGCAGGAUGAAGGAAUCACCAGCUGCCUGUUGGCGUUCCUGCUUCAGCCUGGGAAAACCAUCCUCUGUGGCCAAAUGCCAACCGCAGCGCCGUCCCAGGGAGCCCUCAGAAACAGAUGUUGUAGUGGUGGCAGGUGAAUUGAGCCCUUGUCAAGCCGAAAGAUCCAGAGCAAAUAGCGAUGAUGCGCUGUGUGCUUCCACGCAUGGAGAGCUCUUAGGAAGCACAAAUGGCUGCGGUUCAGACGACAGCCUUCAACAUAACAACGGGGAUGGAGAGAAGGAGCUCAUCCAAGUCCAAGCCCUCGUUUCUCCCGUCUCUGCUGAAGUUGCUGACCCAAGGUUGCCAGACACCAGAGGCAUCAGCCUGGACUGUGACCCGGUGCCUCUGCAAUGUGCAGCACAGCCCAAGCACAGCCCGGGUGCCCCGACAGCAGCACCUCUGUGCAGGAGCAGGUCGGCAUCAGCGAGGAGUAGCAGAGCCUCUUGGAGGGGGGCUUAGAAUCAGGCCUCCAGUCCCAGGCACCGGGCAGCAGCACUGAGAGCUCUGAGCCACUCUCUCUGUGACCUUUCCACCCAAGAGAGGACGAUUCCCAUCUUUACCCGGACCUCUCACACCCUCCUGUCUUUUCCUUUAAUAAUAACAGCACACUUGUGCUCACUCAACGCCUUGACUGCCUGUGGAGUCUUCAUUCACGAGGACUGGGAUGAAUGCAGCACACAGCAAGGCACCUCAGCUUGCAACGCUGAGGCUGCAGGGUACACAAAGCAGAGCUCCAGGCUUGUUCCCGUUUUGUCUGGCUUUGGGGUGUCUGCAGCUCCCAUUUGGUACGAUAGCAAAUAAUCUCUAGCAUCCUGGAUGCUGCUCAUGAUAACCCCAAGCUUCCUGGCGGUGGCUUUGUGAUGCCUUUCAGGGCUUUUGGAUGCACUGUGAUGCCUUGGCUGCUCCCUAACACCUCUCCUCCAGCUGUGUCCAUUCCUGGCUCCCAACCUCUGGGCUGCCUGCGCAGAUAAUCUGCAGUCCUGUCAUCAGCACGCUGCAGCAGGAAGAGCUCACCCAGAACCGGCGUCUCAUUGGUCAUUGUCAGCGCUGUCCCGCCCUCGCCAGCCUCUCAUUGGUCAUCGGCAGCGCUGUCCCUCCCUCGCCAGUCUCUCAUUGGUCAGUGGCAACGCCAUCCCGCCUCCGACAGCCUCUCAUUGGUCAUCAGCAGCACUGUCCCGCCACCGCCAGCGUCUUAAUGGUCAUCGGCAGCGCUGUCCCCUCCCCGCCAGUCUCUCAUUGGUCAGCGGCUGGGCUGUCCUGCCCUUGCCAGCCUCUCAUUGGUCAUCGGGAGUGCCGUCCUGCCCUUGCCAGCCUCUCAUUGGUCAUCGCCAGCGCUGUCCCCUCCCCGCCAGUCUCUCAUUGGUCAGCGGCUGGGCCGUCCUGCCCUUGCCAGCCUCUCAUUGGUCAUCGGGAGUGCCGUUCUGCCCUUGCCAGCCUCUCAUUGGUCAUCGCCAGCGCAGUCCCGCCCCUGCCAGUCUCUCAUUGGUCAGCAGCAGUGCCGUCCUGCCCCCAUGUGCCUCUCAUUGGUCAUCGGCAGUGCUGUCCCUCCCCACCAGCCUCUCAUUGGUCAGCGGCAGCGCUGUCCCUCCCCACCAGCCUCUCAUUGGUCAGCGGCAGCGUUGUCCCGCCCAUACCAGCUUCUCAUUGGUCAUCGGCAGCGCCAUCCCGCCCUCGGCAGCGUCUCAUUGGUCAGCGGAAGCGAUGUCCCGCCCCCGCCAGCCUCUCAUUGGUCAGCAGCAGUGCCGUCCCACCCCCAUGUGCCUCUCAUUGGUCAUCGGCAGCGCCAUCCCUCCCCACCAGCCUCUCAUUGGUCAGUGGAAGCGACGUCCCGCCCUCACCAGCCUCUCAUUGGUCAUUGGCAGCGCCGUCCCUCCCUUGCCAGCCUCUCAUUGGUCAUCGGCAGCGCCGUCCCACCCUCGCCAGCUUCUCAUUCAUCAGCGGCUGCUCCGUCCCGCCACCACCAGCCUCUCAUUGCUCAUUGGCAGCGUCUUCCCGCCCUCGCCAGCUUCUCAUUGAUCAGUGGCAACGCCAUUGUGCCCCCGCCAGCCUCUCAUUGGUCAUCCGUAGCAUCGUCCUGCCCUCGCCAGCCUCUUAUUGGUCAUCGGCAGUGCAGUCUCGCCCCCGCCAGCCUAUCAUUGGUCUUCGGCAGUGCUGUCCCGCCCUCGCCAGUGUCUUAUUGGUCAUCGGCAGUGCAGUCCCACCUCCGCCAGCCUCUCAUUGGUCAUCCGUAGCACCAUCCCGCCCUCACCAGCGUCUUAUUGGUCAUCGGCAUCACCGUCCCGCCCCAGGCAGCGUCUUAUUGGUCAUCGGCAGUGCUGUCCCGUCCUCGCCAGCCUCUCAUUGGUCAGUGGUAGCACCAUCCCACCCUCGCCAGCCUCUUAUAUCCUCUUAUAAGGCUGUAGUACAAACCUUGGUGAAGAGUGGUCUUCUGGGGCUCUGUGUCGCCCUCUAAGGCUCCAGUUCUGCCAUUCCCGAAGGCAGGUGGCACCGAUCCACUGGUACAGGAUCCAAGAGAAAUUAAUGGCACAGCUCUCAACGACGCUUCUUUUAGGCCCUUCUUUCAGGAUGGGGUGAAUCGUAAUUUGGAAACACCUUUCUGCCUCCGUGGGCUGCCUUUCUCUUUUGGACUGGGUACCUGGGUUUUUGGUGGCUGAAUUGAGGUGCACUGGCUCUUAACGCUGUUGUUAGCCAAAAUAUUAACUCUGUACUUCUAUGCUCCUUUUUGAAACAAGUGCCCCAAAGCUGCACAGAAUGGAGCAGAUCGUCUUGAGGGAGACCAUGCGGCACGUGCGGGAUGAGCGGGGGAUCAGGCCCAGCAGCAUGGGUUCAUGAAGGGCAGGUCCUGUUUGACCAACCUGAUCUCCUUCUAUGAUCCGGUGACCCAUCUGGUGGAUGAGGGAAAGGCUGUGGAUGUGCUCUGCCUCGACUCCAGCAAAGCCUUUGGCACUGUCUCCCACAGCAUUCUCCUGCAGAAGCUGGCAGCUUGGAUGGCUGCACUCUGUGCUGGGUGAGGAGCUGGCUGGAGGGCCGGGCUCAGAGAGUGGCGGUGAAUGGAGUCAAAUCCAGUUGGCGUCCAGUCGUGAGCAGUGUGCCCCAGGGCUCGGUGCUGGGGCCUGUCCUCUUCAAUAUCUGUAUUGAUGGCCUGGAUGAGGGCAUCGAGUGCACCCUCAGUAAAUUUGCAGAUGACACCAAAUUGGCUGGAAGUGUGGAUCUGCCUGGGGGUGGCGAGGCCCUACAGAGGGAUCUGGACAGGCUGGAGAGCUGGGCUGGAGCCAAUGGGAUGAGUUUCAACAAGGCCAAAUGCCGGGUCCUGCACUUCGGCCACAACAACCCCAGGUGAUGCUGCAGGCUUGGGGCGGUGUGGCUGGAGGACUGUGUAGAGGAAAUGGACCUGGGGGUAUGGAUGGAUGCUGGGCUGAACAUGAGCCGACAGUGUGCCCAGGUGGCCAAGAAGGCCAAUGGCAUCCUGGCUUGCAUCAGAAACAGUGUUGCAAGCAGGAGCAGAGAGGUGAUUGUUCCCCUAUAUUCAGCACUCGUGAGGCCGCACCUGGAGUACUGUGUCCAGUUUUGGGCCCCUCACUGCAAGAAAGAUAUUGAGGCCCUGGAACGUGUUAAAGGAGGGCAACGAAGCUGGUGAGGGGUCUGGAACACAGGGCUGAUGAGGAGAGGCUGAAGGAGCUGGGAAUGUUCAGCCUGGAGAAGAGGAGGCUCAGGGGAGACCUUAUUGCUCUCUAUAACUUCCUGAAGGGAGGUUGUAGUGAGCUGGGGGUCGGCCUCUGCUCUCGUGUCAUCAGUGAUAGGACCAGAGGGAAUGGCUUCAAGCUACGCCAGGGGAGAUUCAGGCUGGACAUGAGGAAGUAUUACUUUUCAGAAAGGGUGGUCAGGCACUGGAAUGGACUGCCCAGGGAGGUGGUGGAGUCACCGAGCCUGGGGGUGUUGAAGGAAAGGCUGGAUGUUGUGUUGAGGGGCACGGUUCAGUGGGAGCUGUUGGUAAGAGGUGAACGGUUGGACUGGAUGGGCUUUGAGGUCUUUUCCAACCUUGGUGAUUCUGUGAUUCUAUGAUUCUAUGUGUCUCUAUGGAGUCCCCAUAGGGAUGGCAACCCUGUGUUGUUGUGUUGAGGGACGUGGUUCAGUGGGAGCUACUGGUAAUGGGUGAACGGUUGGACUGGGUGAGCUUUGAGCUCUUUUCCAACCUCAGUGAUUCUAUGAUUCCAUGACCAAAAGUAGACUAAAUCCAUGCAAUUGUGACUGGGAAUCCUACUGCCAUUAACAUGGCUGUAAGUUUCAACCGUGGUGCCCGUGGUCAGGACGCACUGAGGCAGAUCUGGGCCCCAGUGGCGAAGGAAAUGAUUGAGGACAAAUCGCUCGACAUCAGAUCCAGUGGAUAUUUACAAGUCCCGGGUUCACCUGAUGGGAUCUCAGACUGGUGAGGCCGGGUAUGGAAGCUGUUGCUGCUGUUUCUUUCUACAAGUUGCUCGGCUGCUCUGCAUUGCUCUGUUCAUCGUUCCAGACCAUCCCUGCAUUCAUGGCAUGCAUCUGACCAAUUGAUACCAGCUUUCUUCCAUCCCCUCGAGAUGGCUUUCUUCUGAAAGGUGUAAAGAUCAUCUUGUGGCAGGGGUGUAGAGACUGUGAGAAGGGGAUCUCAUUAAGAGACAGGCCAGAAAACAAACCCCAAAGCAUUUCUUCUGUGUUAACUCAUAGAUACAGAUAAUAAUUGAUUCGUCUUCUAAGCUAGCAGGUAUCACGUAGAGAGAAAGUACCCAGGGAUCAGUUCCAUGCCAAAGUGUGUGCAGUCUUUUUCCAUUUUGUGUGUAGCCAGGACUGAGGUUCUAUUGGCAAGAGAACAAAACCUGCAGAACAAGCAUGACGUUGCAGUUUCUUUUGGUCCUCGUCUUCUCACCUUCAUCAUUCAACCCUCUCCCUAUUCGUGGGAACCAAGUCUCGCAUUUCUCCUUUAGGCAGGGCUCACGUUUUCCCUGCUUUUGCUUUUAUCACCGGGUGAACUUACAGAAGCUUUUCUUAUUGCCCUCCAUAUCCCUGUCCAUUUCCAUCAGAUCAGGGCUCUGCCUUUCCUGGGGUGGCUUCUCGGACUCUUUCUCUGUGUCACUUCCAGGCUUGCUGUUCUUAUGUCUGCAGUCUUUUAUGAACUCUUGAUCGGCUCCCAUCCGUCCCCAGUCAGAGUUCUGCGUUUCUUCCAGUGCCGGAUGUUCACCAGAUUUGAGGGUUCUGUUGUUGGUUGCUUUUGGUUUGUUUUUAAUGCACUGCAAGGGAAGCGGAGGAAAAGAAAUGACAGGGAUCUCUUGGAAAGAGGCACAAAGAUGGCGAGGGGCCUGGAGCAUCUGUGCUGUGGGGAAAGGCUGAGUGAGCUGGGUCUGUUCAGCCUGGAGAAAAGAAGGCUGAGGGGGGACCUGAUCCAGGUCUGUGAAUAUCUGAGGUGUGGGGCAGAAUGGCGAGGCUGGACGCUGUUCAGUGGGGAGUGGAGACAGGAGGAGGGGAAACGGCCGGAAAUGCAGCACAGGAAGUUGUGCAGCAAUGUGCGAAGGAACGGCUGUGCGGUGAGGGCCGUGGUUCAGUGGGAGCUGUUGGCGAUGGCUGAGUGGUUGGACGGGGUGAACUUGGAGCUCUGUUCCAACCUCGGUGAUUCCAUGAUUCUAUGACAGGUGACCCAUAGAGCCCCACAGUUGACCUGUGACCCACAAGUGCCCCGCCGUGCCCCACGAGUGACCCACGAGUGACACCGCAGGGACCAACAAGUGUCCGACAAGUGACCCAUAGUGCCCUGCAAGUGACCUGUGACCCACAAGUACCGCCCUGGUGCCCCACAACUGACCCACAAGUGACCCAUAAGUGGCACAGCAGGGACCCACAAGUGCCUCCCAAGUGACACAUCAAUGCCCAGUUUGUGACCCACAAGUGACAACUCAGGGUCCCACAGUUGCCCCACAGCGACCCACAAGUGACACAAAGAGCCCCCCAAGUGACCUGUGACCCAGAAGUGCCCCCCCAGUGCCCCAUGAGUGACCCACAAGUGGCACAG